AUGACCAUCGACCUCAUAUUUGGUACAGAAGCAAAAGCGGUGGGGCAUGGCACCAGAAGGAGGAGUGAUAAUGGAGAACUCAUGGCAUUCAAGCCAUUCCUCCAGAUUGGCUGCUUUGAGGCAUGCCCGCGUAGCACAUGGGCGUGCCUAGAGUCAUACUCAACAUUCGAAGCGCUCAAAGCUUCCGCCUUUGGGGAUGACUGCAAUACCUCGACACAAACACACCUUCAAGCAAAGCCCGCCCUUCGACAUUUGCGAAGUUUUGCGAUCUCACGAUGA